AUGGACAACAGAAAUGCCCAGAUGGACACGGAGGGUGGGACCAAGGUCUCAGGGGCCCAGUCAAGUCCUGGCCCGAGGAUCAGCAGAAAGACGGCUGAUGUUGAGCCCUCCAUUUCAGAAGUCAGCCAGGUCAUGUUUCCGGAUGCGGAAGAAGUGGGCAGUGGGAAGCAGCCCUCAUCUGCUCCAGGAGGGCCAGAGACGGGGCCUGAACACAGAGAAGCAUCCGAGGAGGGGCCUCCAGAGCUCAGGACUCAGGAGCAGAGGCCUCCAACAAGACCAAGUCAAAGUGUCCCUUGUCUGUCAUCUUGGGCCCCCCAGGAAGGGCCUGGGGAGCUGCAAGCAGGCCAGGAUCAGCCUAAGCCAGAGAGUGAGCUGGAGUUGCCACCUUGCAGGGUUUCUCCAGUGCUUGAAGGGCCGCAGCCGCCAGGCUCUGCGAAGGAGACUGAGGACCAGCGAGGGAGACAGUGGAACCCAGGGACUGCGGAGGGUCAGCCCCUCGAGAGCUGCCAGGGCCCCAAGUAUCAGUCCACCUCCGAUCACCAGGCAGCAAAUGGGUCAGACUCGGUGCAGCCGACAGAGCCUUGUUGCGUCUUGGACAGCUGUGGACAGCCCCUGGGAGACAGGCCCUCCAAGGAGGCCGGCCGCCCACACAUCCGGCCCCAGGCGGCUGUGCCACAGCCUGGCCCAGGGGAACAUGGGCAAAGCUCCCAAGGAGCAACACCCCUAAGGCCCAUGGUGACUCCAGAGGAAAAGACAGCCAACCCCUCCCUGCCAUCCAUGCCAGGACAUAAAACUCCCAAAGACGGGGGGGAGGCUGCGGAGACCCAGCCAGCACCGGGGCCUCUUCCUCCACCGGAGGUGAGGGAUGCUGCAGAGAGGAGGGAGCUGGACCGUGUGCAGAAGCAGCCUCAGGAGCCCGCGGUGGCCACAGGGACUCAGAACCUCAGCAGCCUCCGGCAGGGCUUCAUGAAGUGCUUGCUGGAGGUGGAGGCGGCGGAGGCCACCCAUCGGAGGGCCCUGAAGGCCCGGACCCCACCAUCCCGCAAGUCCCCCAGGACCCUGACCCCCGUGCCCACUGGAGCCCCCGUCGGCAACUCAGCCCCAAGCCUGCCUCUGACCCUGCCUCAGACCCCCUCCUCGGCCCCUGCCACCGCCCCACCAUGGGCCCGGUUGCCAGCACCCGGGCCAGUCCCUGCCCCCAUGGGAGCCCCGAUCCUGGCCUCAGCGCCUGGCCCGGUACUGUCAGUCCCCGUCCUGGACCUGGGCUGGAGAAGGACAGAACUCUUGUACCAGAGCAGCAAGAGGAGCCUGAGCUACGCCAAGGCACGGCAGGAGCCAGAAGAGCGCGGCCUCCUGAAAGUGGGUCAGGACUGGGAGGACAGGUCCGAGGAGCACCUCACCCUGAAGCAAGAGGAAGCCUUCCGCAGCUACUUCGAGAUCUUCAACGGCCCCGGCGAGGUGGACGCGCCGAGCCUGAAGAACAUCCUGCUCCUCGUGGGCUGCUCGCUGACGCCGGCCCAGGUGGAGGACGCCCUGAUGAGUGCUGACGUCAACGGAGAUGGUCGCGUGGACUUCAGAGACUUCUUGGCUGUGAUGACAGACACCAGGCGCUUCUUCUGCUCCGUGGAACAGAAUGCCCUGAUGGACAUGGCUCCCCCAAACCCCCACACUCUACUCUUUGAGAUCCUGUCCCUGCUGGUGGAGAUGCUGGCUUUACCGGAGGCAGCCUUAGAGGAAAUCACAAACUACUACCAGAAGAAGCUGAAGGAAGGCACCUACAAGGCCCAAGAGAUGGAAUCAGCCAUAGGCCGGCGGCGGUCGAGGAAGAAGCUUCCCUGCAACCCCCAGCAGGCAGACAGCCUGGAAGUCCCAGAACGAAGGGUUCUCCGGAUCCUGAGCCGACUAAAGCAGCAGAACUAUGCUGCCAACCUGCAGAGCCCCUACGCCCAGGUACCCUGCAUCCCACUCUGCCCACGGUUGGACAAGACGGUCCGUCGGAAGCAGGGCAACCACUACAUGCUAGACCAGGGCGCCCCUGCUGGCCUGGGCCCUGACAUCGGUAGCCUCUUCCUCCAGUCAGGAUCUCAAGGAAGCAGGGAACACAGCUCAGACAGCAGAAAGUGGCUCAGCUCUGUGCCGGCUCGAACUCACUGA